UUUCGGUAACCUUCCAACUGGUGCGUUGCACAUUGUGGUAUCUCGAGGCUAUCUGAAAAGCAAUAACAAACUGUCGUGACAUCGUCGUCACCCAGAGAGUUCAUUGUGCACUUCUUGAGACUAUCAUCGUGACCGGAUAAACCAGAUCCACGCUCGUGGGGUGUAUUCAACCUUCUUGCGUUGUGUGUGGUGCUGAUUCCUCUCCAGAGAAGAUGUCCCUGUCUGGCUAUGUGUGUCUAGUAACUGGUGCCUCCAGGGGCAUUGGCAGGGGAAUAGCUCUCCAGCUGUCUGAGGCAGGAGCCACCGUCUACAUCACAGGACGUCAGGAGAAGACUCUGAAAGAAACUGCCGCGCAGGUGAAGGAGAGGGGAGGAAAGUGUGUGCCAGUGAUCUGUGAUUCUACAAAAGAUGAAGACAUUGAAGGACUGUUUGAACAGAUCAAACGUGAACAGAACGGCAGACUGGACAUACUGGUUAACAAUGCCUAUGCCGGAGUACAGGCUAUCUUUGAGAACAUGGGCAAAAAGUUCUGGGAAAUAGAUCCAUCUAUUUGGGAUUCUAUCAACAACACAGGCCUCAGGGGUCACUAUUUUUGCUCGGUUUAUGCGUCCCGGAUGAUGGUGGCUCAAGGUCAAGGUUUAAUCGUGACCAUUUCCUCGAUGGGUGGGCUGCGGUAUCUCUUCAACGUGCCUUAUGGUGUCGGUAAAGCCGCAUGUGACAGACUCGCAGCGGAUAUGGCUGUUGAGCUGAAAAGACGGGGAGUGGCUUCUGUCAGCCUGUGGCCCGGAGCAGUACAAACAGAGCUGGUGUCUCAGUUUGUACAAGAGAAGGAUACACCAGUGGGCAUUGAUCCGAAGUUCAAAGAGGCAUUUGUCAAUGGAGAAACCACUGAACUGAGCGGGAAGUGCAUCGUCAACCUGGCAAAAGACAAAAAUCUGAUGUCGCUGACUGGCAAAGUGCUCAUGACUUGUGAUCUUGCACGGCGCUAUGGGAUACGAGAUGUUGAUGGGCGGAGUAUAACUGAUUACACUUCCCUGAAAUUCCUCCUGACCCAAGUGCCGUAUCUCUCCUGGCUGUCCGUUGUAGUCCCCUCAUUCCUGCGAGUGCCUCGCUUUAUGCUCACCCUGGCGAGCAGCCGCUUCUAAACAUGAAGAAUUUUCACUCAUAACCGCAUUCUCGAAUAAGUAUCAAUCCAACUGCCCAAACCCACAUACAUACCAGUCAAACGUUUGGACACACUUUUUAAUUCAGUUCACUGAGAAAGUGUGUCCAAACUUUUGACUGGUAGCGUACACACACACACUAGGGGUUGUGCAGACUACAACUUCAUUGCUCUGACGUGACGUCGACUAGCCGCGGAUCACGUGACAGCAAUAACACAGACGCUUCUGGGAAGACGGGUGAGGAGCCCAGUGAGUCAUAGCAGCGAAUUAGCGGCGAUUCAUGAAUGGUGUGGAAACACUUCACUAAAGACAAAGCUCAUUCUACCGUGACAUUCAAAGUACUGCGUGCACUACCCCAUCUCACAGCACACUGUGGAGUACUGUUAAAUGCUAUUGAUGGUGCUGAGUUACAGGCUAAACACAUCUGCAGCUCACAGUACGUAGCUCGUGAGCUGUCUGUUCUCAGCACAUGUAUUCAGGUCAAGAAUAUAGAUUUCAUUGUUGCAAAGCAUUAUUUUCUACUGUGAUUUCAUUAGUGAUGUCGUUGACAUCUGGACUUGACUUUCAUCACAUAACAGCCGACUUUUAAAAAUCUCACUGUGCAACCCCUGCCACACAUGCACUCAUACACAAAUGUGCACACACACAAGCAGAAGUACUUAUUGAUUGUGUUUAAGAUAAAUGAAGGAUGCUUUCAGUUAUUAUCUGUAUUUUGACUAUGACACAACAUUACAACUGUAAUUUGGUAAUAUCUACCUACCUAAUAUCUAACUACCUUAUAAUAGCAAACUACCUUAUAAUAGAAAACUACCUUAUGAUUAUGUCAACUACCUUAUAUAUUUUUUUCAUAAGCACUAUACAGCUAAAAUAUAUACAUAUAUAUUUUAGGAAUAUAUGAAUGAGUAUUUUGCAGCAAUUUUUGCAUUUUUACAUUUGUAUUACAUGUACACAUUAAUUAUUAUUACUACUACAACUGUAUGUAGCCAAAUGACUGACACAUGGUUAAAUAAAGAAAUGUCAGCCUGU